AUGAGGGCGGUGACCUGCCGCUGGGUGGCUCUUUUUUCGGUUUUUGUCACCUGUUUUCUCUCCUCCUUUCACGUCUUUCUGCUCGAUUCCCGUCUCUCUCGCCUGCCGGGUUUCCUCCAUCGCGAUGGCUCCGCGGGGGGCGGCGGUCCCCACGGCCGCGACGCCCCCUCCUCCCUCGCGGCGCCUCGCCGCCCGCCAGCUUCCUCAGCGUCCUCUGUGGGAGACUGGGAUGGGCACCCGACGCUCCCUGCUGCCUUUCUCGAGGAAGGCGACGCAGAGCAGGAACGCGCCGCCGAGCACAGGCUCGCAGAGCUCUUCCACCAAGUGUAUCCGCUUCUGGAUGAAUGCACAGGCGCCCCCUACAGAGGAAGCGCUGGGCGGCGGGGUCUGGAGACCCCUUCGCCCCUGGCCGAUCUCCACACAGCCUCGAAUCAUCCCCAGGGCGCUGGAGGCCGCGCGAAGGCGCCUUGCCUCGCUCCGGCUUUGUGCGCCAGCGAGAGUCCGCGCGCGCCAGUCACGCCUCCCUCUCCCUGGUCGCCGAACCAAGACGCAGGCAGCGCUUCUGCAGCUGCGCUCUCAGAUGCGGCGCCGCUGCCGCCCUUGGCGCACAUCCGAGGCCGGCGCCGGCACUACCGACUCUUCUUCAUCCAGCCCCUCACGUACUACUACGGCAUGAUGGACCGCUGGGUGACGCAGAUGGCCUCCGCGCUGAUGGAGGACGCUGCGCGAAGAAGGCUGGAGCAGCAGGCUUCUGGCGAGCCAGCAGUCGCAGAGACCGACGCGCGCGAGUCUGCGUUUUCGACGACAGACAUCUCGUACGACGUCUACAUCUGGGGCGAAGGAUUUCCAGGCUUCCCUGCUGCGCGUCCACCCUUCCCCUCCUUCUGUUCGCGCGCGGCAGCCCGAUGCGGACGGGAGGGUUCCCCAGGGGGCUUCGCGUCCUGCGCCUCGCACAACCGACUCUUCCGCGCGCUUUUUUUCCCUUCAUGCGCGGCCUUCUCCUCCCCCUCGCCCGGGGCGGCGUCCUUCGGGCGCGCGCUGUCGCGGCGCUUCGGUCCGCAGACGCCCAACGACAUUUUCCUGCUUCACUGGACGCACCUGACGCGCUUUUCAGACGCCGAGGGGCGCUUCCGCAACUACGACGCGCAGUUUUGGCGCGCCGGGCUCCACCCUUCCUCGCUGAUUGUCCUGAUCGAACACGAGUGGGAGGACGACGCGCAUCGCCGGCUCCUCGCGGUGCAGCCGAACCUCGUCCUGCACACCUACAGCCAGCUUCUCGCCUUCGGUCCCGCCAGCAAAACACUUGUGAGCCUGGGCGCCCUCGCAGGGGGCGAGACCGGCGUCCUGCGGCCGCCGCGCGGCAGCCACCCAGGCGACGCCGCGGAGACGCCCUCGCCUACGGGCCUGCAGAGGGUCGAGACCUCGACGCCUGCCGGAGCUGGAGACGGAGCAGACGCGAACGCGGCGACGCGAGCCAGUGCGAGAAGACCCAGCAGGUGGCCUCUGGCUGCCAAUGCGCCGCGGGUCGCGCGGUCGGCGCGCGACGCGUUCUUCUCUGCGCUCGGGGAAUGGAUCUCAAACGCCUACCGGCCGCCGCCAACGACGCGCGUCUACUUCAGCCAGCGCUUCCGGGCUCAGGCUGCGGAGAAGCCGCAGGCGCCCGCGGCGGAGCUGCUCGAGGCUCUCUUGCCUCACGGCAUCAGCGCCGCCUGCAUCCUGCGCGGCGUCGCCCCGUCGCCUCUGGCCCCCGGGCUUCCUGCGGCGGGCGCGGCGAGUCGCCGAGCGGAAGCGACAGGCGGAGGAGGGGAGCGAGGAGCGCCUGGAGACGAAGAACCGCUCGCAAGCGCGCAGGACGCGGCGGGCGCGAAGGCAGCAAACGCCGCCGCGAGGGAGGCGGAGAGGCAAAGCAGGCGCGCCUUUGUGGAGGCGCGCGUCGAGACGCUCCUGCGCAGCCCGCGCCCGAUAGACUUGCUCACCGCCGGCAACGCGAGCUGCUCCAUGUACCCUACGCGGGACUUAUUCAGCGUCCUUUUCAGGGAACUGGCGAAGUCGCAGAAGACCGCAGAGCCCGAAACGCAGAAACUACCGACGGGCGAGCGAACAGAGAGCGGCGGAGACAGCAGCACACAGACGGCGACAGCCGACGCGCCUCUCCAAGGGGCGGAGGGAGGGGGCGGGGGGCGAGCGCCCCAGGGGCCAGAGACCCGCAGCCCGCGCCGCCUGACAGUCCACCAAGUUCGGCAUGGCGGCUACACCGAGGCGAAGACGCACACUACCAUCAGCCGCGAGUUUCCGCAGAACUUUGAUCAACUCGAGCGGCGCUUUGCUCUGUGCGAAGAAGACGCGCGAAGGUCACGGGGCUCGCAGCGCGGCGACGCCGAAGAAUGCAGCCAGGUGCGCGUUACCAGCGCAGAAGGAAGCGAAGGGAACCGCUUAGAGGAGGAGGAGGAGGCCGGGAGGGACUCUGGGGGAGGCGCGACAGCGUGGGCGAGCGGGGAGCAGAGCGUGAAAGGCAGCCGGCCGUUUACGUCUUCUCACCUGAGUGCAUUUACGAAGCAGCUGAAUCAGCACCGCGGCGCCUACCUCGGCUCCAUGAUGCAGGCGAAGAUUUGUCUCUAUGGCAGCGCGGAGGGCUGGGUACUACGGAAGGCGAUCGAGAUGCUGGCGAGCGGCUGCAUCGUCGCCGAAGUGCUUCUCGGGAGGAGAUUGGAAAAGAGAAGAAAGAACGAGCGCACCCCCGCCCGAGGUGGCGAACCCCCUAGCGGCGCGCGAGAGACAGAAGGCCGCGAGAACGAUGGAGAGGCUGUCGCAGGCCGCCGCGAGACGAAGCCGAUGGAGAGCGCAGAGGAGGAGCGUCACCGAGAAGCACGCGCCAAACGCAGCGGAGAAGCGCCGCCGCAGCGGCUCCGAGACGACGCGGAGAGGCGCCACGCCCGACAGUCGCGGUUCGGAUCGCGCGAAGACGCGCGAUUUCCAGGAGAUGCACGCGAUUUCAUCAUUCCGAUUAAGAUCGACUUGGAGGCGAUCCUCCGCAGAGACGAGACUCGCGGCAAACGCCAGGCAGCCGAAGAGCGUCUGAUUCUCGCCAUCCGACAAGCGACAGACGCAGAGGAGCGACGCCAGGGCGCGCAUAGCGAGGAGGGGGAGGGAGACAGACAUGAGGAGGACGACGACGCUUUCAUCGGCCUCCGGCAUCACGAGAACUGGGAUAUUUACCGCGCGCUGUGCGAUUUAGGGGACGAAACCAAGCGGCUGAUCGCCGAAGAGAUGCGCACGCAGCUCGCGCGCCUCGUAGAUUGCGUUGAGACAGGCGAACUCGACGCGCUGAGGAGGCAAGCGAUGCUGUUUGCUCUGCUCCAGCGUGACUACGCUCAAGUGUUUAGAGAUUACUUCUUCCCCGCCGUUGAGGCCUACCGCCGGGGCGUCAGAGGCCGCCUUCUGCGCGAGGGCGAUGAGGCCGGAGGUUUGGGCUGCGGCGCACCCUCGCCGUUUUCUUCUUCGGGCGCCUGUCGCGGCCUCCAUUCUUCCUCAGAGAGAUUUGGCGAGCUCGCCGACGGCGCGCCGGCGUGGCGAUAUCGAAGUCUGUACAGAACUCUCCUCAAAACGCUGCCUGAGAAGUAUCUCCUGGAGCCCGUUCUGCGCGUUUUGCGGGCGAUCGUCCCGUGGCGUCUUCUCCGCUGGCGAUGA